AUGACCCCAGAUGACAUAGAAUCCCCCAACCAUGCAUUGCUUCGAUCUGUUACUUUUUCUGAGGUUAAACGUGUGAUCACAAUUGCUAGAGGAGGGUUCUCAGAACAGUCGACCUUAAAGGAUGUCCCUACACUUAAUGCAUCAUUCUCAAAUGAUUUUGACUUGACCUCAAUUCCGAGGAUUUUCUAUUGUCUUGGUUCGAAGUCUGUUGUCAAGUAUCCUAAAUGCAGUAUCAGGAGGCAAUCCACAUUUGCUGAUGCAGAGGUCUACAGUGACCUGUCUGUUGACUACUUGAAGAUGUUCCUGCUGAACGGCCCAGCUACUGUGAUUCCAGAGUCAUAUAGCUUUAUUCUAACUUGGUUUGCAGCCAUUCCCUUUAUUUUGUGGCUGGCUCAAUCAAUUACAAGGGCAAUUGUAAAAGACUUUUUGAUUUUAAAGGGCUAUAUGUUUAUCUGGCUAGAAUGUAUAGGGCUCCCUGCCUUGUGUUCCUUUCUUCUUGGUUUCUUCUCUACAAUAUUGAAAGAUGUGGUCGUAGGGCAUGAAGAUAUUUCUAUGGUUUUUGCUUUAGCAAGCACAUGGGCCAUGUUCCUUGCAUUUGGCAGUUUAGCCUGUGUUGGGCCCAUAUCAUACACUGUUGGCAUGGCUUAUCAAAAUGCAUUCGAUUCAGGCGUAUCACUUGGUAGCCAAAUACCUGGAGUAGGGUUUCUGGCCUUGCUGAACAACUUUAUUUUCCUUGGGCUGGGUGUUAUCAUCGGCUACCCUAUUGCUUCUGCUUCAGUUAAGGUACUUCAAGGCCUGUGGAGGAGUGAUUUGGUGGCACUAAAAGGUGUGUGUCCAAAUUGCGGCGAAGAGGUAUUUGCAUUUGUGAGAAUGGACAGGAAUAUUGAGUCACCUCAUAGAGCAAAUUGUCAUGUGUGUGAAUGCGUAUUAGAAUUUCGCAUAGAGGUAGCAAAUUAGAGUUUUAUUAUAUUUUUAAUUGAAACUCUUGCAAAUGCUAUUUA